AAAAGACCUUUCAAAUGGUACCAGAUAUUUGGGAGAUGACAGAUUUAGCACGAUACCAUGUAAUAAUAGCCCAGGGUUCAAAGUUGAAUUAUGACCACAUCUAAAUAUUGGAUUGAAAUACAUCAUUUGAAAGGUCUCUUUCUAAGCUUUCACAAAAUCAUAAAUUGGGGUCACAGUACUAAAGUUAUGGCUGCUGAAACUACUGUAACAUGUCCGUUUGAAUUAUAACUAGGUACCUAUACACACACUAUCACACACACACACACUAUGACUGCACCACCCACACACACACACUCACACGCACACCCUCGCACACACACACCCUCCCUACACACACACACACUUGCACACACCCUCCCACCACACACACACACACACACCCUCCCACCACACACACACUCACACGCAUACCCUCGCACACACACACCCUCCCCCCCACACACACACUUGCACACACACACCCUCCCACCACACACCUCCCACACACACACACACAGGAAGCAGAUGACGUCAGUAGCUCAGCGUAUGAAUGCUAAUGGAGAGGCUCGUAAACGUGGUGGUGGUAUGACCCGAACCUUCUCCCCCCUCACUCCUAUCAUACAGCGCCUCUUAGUACACAAGCCUGCCUACACUGUAUGAGGGCUAAACUGGAUGCCUGUCCUCUCAAAGAGCUCGAGGAUUUCACUAUUCUAGUAACGAGCACCACUUCAGUCUGGCCCACAAGACUGCCCUCCAUGGCCGCCUGCCCAUCAUACAGUUCCUAGUGGAGAGUGGACUGCCCUCCUCCGCACUGCAGAUACCAGAUGACUCAUUCACCACACCCGCCAUGCUCGCUAUACAGGGACUAAUAGGCAGUUACUGGUUGUCCGUUUGACACUGACAUUUAGUCGCUAAUUUAGACUGCCAUACUUAAGUUUAGCCUGGUUAGAGCAGUUACACACAAUAAAAGUGCAUUCUGUAGCUGACUAUAUUCGGCCAAAUCCAACUUAACAAGUGAGACCAAUAACGUAAGCCCAGGGAUAAUAAAACAUAAGCUAGUAUAUUUAUAGUCACCUCCAGUGGCUCCAUAACUUAAGUUUCGAUUGCAUAGCUACUGUAGCUACGAUAACUGAAUAUCAUAUUUUUGGUUAUUUAGUUUCUGUAUCACUCCCCACACACACACACCACCCACACACACACACACACCCACCCACACACACACACACCCACACACACAUACACACACACCACCCACACACACACCCACACAUACACACACACCACCCACACACACCCACACACACAUACACACACACACACACACACCACCCACACACACACACACACAGCUCACACACACACACACACACACACACACACACACAGCUGCUCAUGGACUUUGGCUACAGCAUGGUCCACACGGACAGGGAGAACCAGAGGCCGGUGGAUUGGGCCGAUGUUAUGGGUCAGAAUAUCUGUGUCCUCUAUCUCAUGAUGUACGAGACUUGUUGGGCACUCUCUGGAGAACUGACACACAUGGCCGAGCAGCUCGCUAUCAGGGGUCAAGUACCUGUGCGGAAGGCGCCCCCUGAACCACCCACUACCCCUAAACGAUCCUCCAAUCGUACCCCCGGAUCAUGCUGCUAAGAAGAGGUCGCGAAGGUCAAAGGACAGAGGUCAUGAAGCAGCAGAUAAAGGGAGGACCAUAAUACCAUUGACUAUCGAACAGCCACCCCCCAAGAAGUGUUAGAGAAGCAGAUGACGUCAGUAGCUCAGCAUAUGAAUGCUAAUGGAGAGGCUCGUCAACGUGGUGGUGGUAUGACCCGAACCUUCUCCCCCCUCACUCCUAUCAUACAGCACCUCUGCAGCAAGUCAGAUGAGGCUGAUAGCAAGAGUGAGAGGUCCUCCAGGAGCCAGAGACACACAGAAGACGCUAGGAGAUCGGCUCCGAAAGUCAAGUUCUCUAAAACUAUUACCGAGUUUCCAGACUAUAGUCGUUAUGACAACCCGACAGAGAUCAAAUCAGUAUCAAGCCCAGGUCAAAGUCCAUCCCAUAGUCACCAUGGCAAGUUAGACGGGGACUCGCUUAGGGUCAAAGGUGAAAGCUCGGAACACAUCAGAAAAAAAUUAUUAUUAUUAGCAUAGCUCAUUAUUUUUAUUGCUUAUACUCAAGAUUUGUAUGUUACUAAUGAUAGUGUCAUUUGCCAUAUGCACAGUGUGUAAUGUAGGCCCUGAUAAAUUAUGCUCGGAAUAAUUUUUAGCAUAAUAG